AUGUUGACCUCUAUGAUAACCGCUAAUACGGACCGUGAUAUUUGUGAAAUUAAAAUGGUCGAUGAAGAACAUACACAACCCAUGAGCGACGAAAAGAUCCGUGGCAUUUUAUGGGAAACAAUGGUCGGUGGAAUUGAUUCGACUGCAAACAAGUUUAGUUUUGUCGCUUAUCACUUGGCACAUAAUCCUGAUGUAUUAAAGCGACUUCGAAUUGAGCUGGACUCAUUAUUUGAAAAAAAGGGCGAUCGACGGCUCGAUCUUGAAAGUUUAACGGGUUUAGUUUACACCGACGCAAUCAUCAAAGAAGCAUUUAGAAUUUUCACACCUGCACCAUACACCGCACGAAAUAGCACCGCUGAAGAUAUCGUGGCAGGACGUGUAUGGCCCGAGGGAACACAAUAUAUCAUAAAUAUUCAUGGGGUAAAUCACAACGAGAAAUAUUGGGAUGAACCUGAAAAAUUUAAUCCCGACAGGCAUCUCAAUAUGAAAAUGUCACCCCCACAUAUAAUAUUUGGAGGAGGUCGUAGGAUUUGUCCCGGCAGGAAGUUGGCAUUCAUUGAACUCAAGGUCAUGAUUGCCUUAAUUUACCAUAAAUUUGACAUUGAGCUAUCGAACAUGAAUCCUCGCAUAAAAUUCAUACUUUUUAGAAGUUUUCACGAUUUAAAUGUCAAAAUUAAACCUAGAAAAUUUUAA